GGAGGCCGGGGCGGGGCGGGGCAUAUGGUGUGGGCGGGGCCUGGGCGGGGCUCGAGGCGGAAACCCAGCCUUCUCUCCUGGCGCGUUCUGAGGGGCCCCUCUCCGAGGAAAGGAGAAGAAUGGCACUAAAACAGAUUUCCAGCAACAGAUGCUUUGGCGGGCUCCAGAAAGUUUUUGAGCAUAGCAGUGUUGAGCUGAAAUGUAAAAUGAAAUUUGCUGUCUACCUACCACCCCAGGCUGAGAGUGGAAAGUGUCCUGCACUUUACUGGCUCUCUGGUUUAACUUGCACAGAGCAAAAUUUCAUAUCAAAGUCUGGCUAUCAGCAAGCUGCCUCAGAACACGGCCUCGUGGUCAUUGCUCCCGAUACCAGCCCCCGUGGCUGCAACAUCAAAGGAGAAGAUGACAGCUGGGACUUCGGCACUGGUGCUGGGUUUUACGUGAAUGCCACUGAAGAUCCUUGGAAAGCUAACUACAGAAUGUACUCUUACGUAACAGAGGAGCUUCCACAACUCAUAAAUGCCAAUUUUCCAGUGGACCCACAGAGGAUGUCUAUUUUUGGUCACUCCAUGGGAGGCCACGGAGCUCUGAUUUGUGCUUUGAAAAAUCCUGGAAAAUACAAAUCUGUGUCAGCAUUUGCUCCAAUUUGCAACCCUGUGCUCUGUCCUUGGGGCAAAAAAGCUUUUAAUGGCUAUUUGGGACCAGACGAAAGUAAAUGGAAGGCAUAUGAUGCGACCUGUCUCGUAAAGUCCUAUUCGGGUUCCCAGAUUGACAUCUUAAUUGAUCAAGGAAAAGAUGACGAGUUUCUUUCAAAUGGGCAGUUACUCCCUGAUAACUUCAUAGCUGCCUGCACAGAAAAGAAAAUCCCUGUGGUUUUUAGGCUACAAGAGGGUUAUGAUCAUAGCUACUACUUCAUUGCAACCUUCAUCACCGACCACAUCAGGCAUCAUGCAAAGUACCUGAAUGCAUGAAAAGCUUCAGGCAAGAGAAUCUCAUCAGGAUGCUGACAGUUGGAAUCAACAAGAUUGCUGACUGAAAGAUUUUGGAUUUCCUCUCAGAUCAUGCUCCUGCAGCUGAAUUGCUUUUCUGAAUAAAUAUAUCAAGCUUUCUGGUUUAAAUACUUAUUUUGCCACUAUUCACAUAGGAGUUUAAUGCUCGAUAGUUUUUCUGAGUCGUUUGGAAAUCCCUGUUAAAUAGCCUCAAGUCAUAGACUGUGAGUACAGGUCUCUUGGUCGUGUAUGUCGAGGACUUGAAGGGAAUUUAGCACAGUUUUUCAUCCCUUCAGACAUUAGUUCUUCUUAUUGCUUACCUUUCUCCUGUCUAUCAAGGAUCUGAUUUCUAGAAGGCAUUUGGUAGCCAGUCGUCAAGAGGACAGGGAAUUGGGCACAGCCGUCUGUGGCAGACUUCCUCAGCUCCAGUCCAGUGUUUUCUUCCCUGUUGAGCUGAAUGCAUUUGUAAAUAUUGUUUGGGGGUUUGUUGAGUCUCUCAAGAUUAUGUAAGACGACCCAUUCUGAAAAUAACUUAAGGAGAUAAACUGUAAGCUACUAUAAACAAACACUUAGUUACAUGGAAAAGUUUAACUUGGUGAGCUCACAGAGAAAAGUCACUGGUCUCUGUAAAUACACACUCCACUCCCUGAAGAGCUUAAUAGAUAAGCUUUUUGAAACAUGAUAAGAAGCCUGGUUGCCUUGGGUUCUUCUGUUAACACAAAGGUUGCAUCCUAUUUUGCCUUUUCUUGUGCUUUAGGGUAAAACACCAUGACCAAAAGCAACAUGAGGAGAAAAGGGUUUACUUCUCUGACACUUCAUAGUCGGUUACCGAGGGAAGUCAGGGCCGGAAUUAGACAGGUGAGCACUCCUUAUUGGUUUAUCUCUGUGGCUUGCUUAGCCUGCUUUCUUAGAGUACCCAGGACUACAUGCCCAGGGGCAGCACUGCCAUAGUGGGCUAGAUCCUAAAAUAUCAAUCAAGAAAAGACUUGCUUAACAGGACAGUCUAAUUCUAUAGCUAUAAAUAAUAGCCCAAGUUCUUUGUCAUAGCAGUUUUAGGAUUUUUUUUUUUACCUGAGCACAAAUGACAUUUAUUUUUCCAAAGCAUCUGAGAUAAAGACGGCAAUGUGAAUGAUACCAUUUAUAACAAUAUGCACCUUUUGCACACUUAGGUCAAAAUUCUGUUCUCACAGAUUAAAACCCCUUAAUUGUACUUAGCACAAUUAAUAUGUACUUUGUGUUAAAGAGCAUGAAUUCUGACUCCACAUUCUAUUUAUAUGAAAAUUUUACCAGGCCCCAGAUUUCACUAGAGCUAAGUGGGAAACCUUGUGAAUAAAGAUGAAUAUAUAAUGAGAUAUUCUGCAUUAAUAAUGAACACAGCAGAGUCGGAACUGGAGCAGAGGGUAAGAAGACUGACCAUUCACAUCAAAAAGCCACCAAGACAUACACAAAAUUAAGAUAUUUUACCCACACGUGUUAUUCUUCAAGGAAGUUUAACAUUGAAAGUACACUGAGUGGUUAGUCUACAGAUAUCACACAUAAUACUACUGCCUGAAGAACUAAAAAUCCUGACGUUACUGCAAAGGACUUUUAUCUUGGGUUAAAUUUCAAGAGGCAACUUCACUCGUUGAUUCUGUCAUACAUCUCCAAACCCUCAGAGGUGGCGGUGACAUGUUAGGCUGCAAAGUGGAGCUUGAGUCACAUCACUGGUUUUGAAGAUGCAAAUGAGCUUAAAUUUUUUCAUAAAAUUUUACAAUUAAAUAAACAUGUCUAAACUGCAA